GGUCACUAAAACUAAAACUCAAGGUAGUUCAAUUUGUGAUUGAAUUUGAUAGUAGGACUUUUAUGGGAAUUGAGUAAUGUAGAUUUUGUAGUUCAUCUGUAGUUAAAGGACAAUUAGAAUGAAAUUUUUAUGACAUUGACCCUGUACUUUUAGGUUUCCAACAUUUAUUAUUAAAAAGUCUAAAAUAUUCUUCACUGACUUUAAUGAUAUUGUGUUAAUUAUUUUUAUUCUGAUUCUUUUUUAUUUAAAAAAAUUUAAUGGAUAGACUAUUUAGGGGAAUUAUAAAAUACAGGAACACUGACAAACAUCUUAUGUUGGAUCAGUUUGUCCAAGUGAAGAAUAAUCCCACACCUAAAGCAGUUUUCUUUACUUGCAUGGACAGUAGAAUGAUUCCUACUAGAUUUACUAAAACAAAUGUUGGAGAUAUGUUUGUUGUUCGUAAUGCGGGGAAUAUUAUUCCUCACUCUCAGCACUUUCUCGACGAGUACACCACCAAUGAGCCUGCUGCUUUGGAACUGGGCUGUGUGGUUAAUGACAUAAGACAUAUUAUUGUGUGUGGACAUUCUGAUUGUAAGGUAGUGGUCAUAGAAGAAACAUCUUAAUAAUCAUUAGAAGGAUAUCAACUCUUUAAUUUUUCAUAAAAUUUAAUUAUAUUGUUAGAUAUAACUUAAAAAACAUUACAAAAUAUUUGUUAAUUGUUGAAGUUUACAAAUGAAAUUAAGAAAAUAUGAUGGAUGCGGUAUUAAUGCAUGAUAAUGUACUUCCCUCUGGCUAUGAAUUUGCUCUACAAACUAAGAGAUGAAAACUUUGCUAGUAAAGACAAUAGAAGAAUUUCUCCUUUACGUUCUUGGCUGUGUACUCAUGCAUCAUCAUCACUUGAGAAAUUUCACCAACUUGAGAUUUGUGGCUAUCACAAUCCAUUAAUCUUUCAAUCCGAAACUGUUUUGAGGAAAAUUGUAGCUUACAUUGACCCAGAUGAUGACUUUUGUAUUGAAGAUAAAUUAUCACAAGUUAAUUGUCUACAACAAAUGGCCAACAUAGCCAGCUAUGGAUUUUUAAAAAGAAGACUUGAGAGGCACCAACUUCACAUUCAUGCCUUGUGGUUUGAUAUCUAUACUGGAAAUAUUUACUAUUUUAGUCGUCAGAAUAAAAGAUUUAUUGAUAUAAACGAAAAAACUGUUGAAAUGCUUUCAAAUGAAGUUAAAAAAUAUUAUUCAUGAUGUCCAUGUACCUAAAUUUAACUUUUUAGAGGUCAUUAACGAUUUACUUACUUUAUUUAGUAAAAAUUGUUUAUAUCACUGUUACUUAAGGAAGUUAAAGUGCAAUUUGUUAAUAUUGGAAACAUUCCUUAUUAAGGUAUAGACAUGAAAGACAUGACAUUUUAUAAGCUUAUUGUUAAGUUAAUGUUAAUAUUGUCCAGUUGCCAUUUUCAUUCCUGUUGCUAUUUUGAUCUGUGAUAUUUGUUUGAUUUUUCAGAUGUUUAGUUUUUAACUUAUUUAUCAACAUGACAUAAAUUUUGUUUUAGUGAUUGUUAAUUUUUUUUAAAGAUUUAAUUACUUUAAGUAAAUCUUGUUAUAAUAAAAGUUUUUAUAUAUUUUAUUUGUAGAA